CAGGGUUUAAUAAAAUUUUGAAAAGUCCAAGGGUAAAAUUGAAAGACGAAGUGUAAGGUCAUCCCAUGGAAUGAGGAGAGAAAGAAGGAUUGAGUGUUGGUCACAAAGAAAGUGUAUAAAAGGGUUAGUCCUAAUUAUGGAAAUGGCUAUGUGGAAGGUGUUAGCCAUCUCCAUCUCCAUUAACCUUAAACCAUAGCAAGCAACGAGAACGAGUCAUUGCGAGAAGAAGAAGGAGCAUGAAGAAACACCAUCAUGACUUCCCUUAUUAAUUCUCCUCCUCCUCCUCCAUCUCCUCCUCCUCCGCCGUCUCCUCCGCCGCCAUCUCCUCCUUCCUCCUCCUCCUCCUUCCUCCUCCAUGUCUUUUUCCGGCCAAUGUCCACCGAUUUCUCCCACUCUUCUUUCUCCCCUGAAGAACACUCCACUCCUCCUCUCACCAUUAUCCUCACUCUCAUCCUCCUCGCCUUCCUCCUCGUCGGCUUCUUCUCCAUCUACUUCUGCCGCUGCAUCAUGGACUCCCUCCUCCAUUCCCGCAACCUCCGCCGCUCCCCUUCCGGCAAUAUCCUCCACCCCUCCGCCGAUUCCCCCACCGUCCCUCCCGGCCUCGACCCACUUCUCAUAAACACCUUCCCCACCUUCCCAUAUUCCGGCAUCAAGGAAUUUCGCAGCGACAAAUUCGGAUUAGAAUGCGCCAUUUGCUUGCUUGAAUUCGACGACGACAGCUUCCUCCGCCUCCUCACUGUCUGCUGCCAUGUCUUCCAUCAAGAAUGCAUUGAUCUCUGGCUUGAAUCCCACAAAACCUGCCCUGUUUGUCGCCGGAAUCUCGACUCCGAUUCCGCCAGAAACUCCGCCGAUAAGCCCCCUGAUUCCGAUCAUGACAACCCACCACGCAGUACCCAUCAUGAAUCAAUCGAAGAUGCUAUUAGUAUUGACAUUGACGACGACGUCGACGACGAUGACAACGCCGACGCCGACGACGACAACGACGAUCGCCGGUCUGGUUCGAACAGAGGAAAACAGAGUAUAAAAACAGAGGAGGCGGAGGACGACGGUGCCAAGAAAUUCUCGAGGUGCCAUUCAACGGGGCAUUCGAUUUUGAAGGCGAGAAGGGAAGAUGAUGAUCGGUAUAAGUUGAGAUUGCCGGAACAUGUAAAGAUUAAGAUCAUUAGAGGGCAUAAUUGGACGGGGAGUUGUGUGACUUUUGAUGAAUUUUUACGAAAUCCUGGGAAUGGUGGUGGGUUCUCGGAGCUAUCUGAAUCUGAUGAUCGAAUUGAUUUGCAGAAGCCGCCAUGAUUGAGUUUCUUGAGUUUAAUUCUUCUCUUUCUCUCUAUCAGUUUUGAUUUGAUGUGUUGAGUUUUGUAUCCAUUAAAGAGUUUUGAUUCGUUUUCUUUACAACAGGGUAGUCGUUUUUUUGUUUAGGUUCUUCAUCGAUUGCUCUAGAAGAUUACAAAAAUUAUUCAAUGAGAUUUGAAUCUUUUUGUUUAGGUUCCUUUAUCGAUCUUCUAUAAUCAUAUCGGACAUAAGCUCUCGUGAUUUUCUUUAUAAUUUAUCAUAUCGGACAUAAGCUCUCGUGAUUUUCUUUAUAAUUUAUUUGAAAAGUCGGGUAGUAAUUGAACUUUAAACACAUUUCCAACUAGAGAUAUCCAUUGGACGGGGUAGAGAUGAGGAAAUCUUCUCCAUCGUCGUCCCUGCUUUCUGUUUU